AUGGCCUGUCUGCAGAGCCCCAGCGAUGGGUGCUUUGUGCCCACCGGGAGACGCGUCAGCCUGGCCGGCCAUGGGCGCUUUGUGCCCACCGGGAGACGCGUCAGCGUGAGCCCUUCGUGUAUUUUGCGCAGGAAGCAGAAGGAGCUAGAAGAGCUGGAGAGAGAGAGGAAGCGAGAAGAGAAGCUGCGCAAGAGGGAGCAGAAACAGAGGGACCGCGAGUUCCGCCGGAACCAGAAGAAGCUGGAGAAGCUGCAGGCGGAGGAGCAGAAGAAGCUGCAGGAGAAGAUCCGGCUGGAGGAGCGCAAACUGCUGCUGGCUCAGCGCAACCUGCAGUCCAUCCGGCUCAUCGCCGAGCUGCUGAGCAGAGCCAAGGCAGUGAAACUGCAGGAGCAGGAGCGGAAGGAGGAGACGCUGCGGCUGCAGCAGCUGGAGGAGAGGCGGCGGCUGCAGGAGGCCGAGCUGCGGCGCGUGGAGGAGGAGAAGGAGCGGGCCCUGGGGCUGCAGCGCAAGGAGAGGGAGCUGCGGGAGCGGCUGCUGAGCAUCCUGCUGAGCAAGAAGGCCGACGACCCACACGCGCAGGAUGAGCUCGGGGUCUCCCACGCGGACCUGCUGCAGCCCGUGCUGGAUAUCCUGCAGACCGUGUCGGCCAGCUGCGUGGGCGCUGCCUCCCUGCAUCCCCUUGUGGGCCAGCCCCCCCCCAGCACCCCGAAGGAGACCCCGCCCCGGCCCGAGACCGACAGCACGCCGAAAAGUGUGAACGGGAGCGUGGCCGAGGGGGCCCAGUGCAAGGAAAGCCUGAAUUCUCGCCUCGCCGCCGCAGGUGACGGCUCCCCUGACAAGAGGUGCCCCAGUGUCCUCUCCUGCAUUCCCGACAACAACCAGCAGCCCAAGGGCUUGCCCGCCGCCGCCGCCUGUGACCAGAGCGCGCCCAGAAAGGACAUCCGUUGUGAGCAAGACAAGUGCAACCGCGAGCCCAGCGGGGGCCGAGGCCGGGCCAGCGGGGGCCGGGGGGAGGACGACAGACACAAGCGAGAGAGGAGCCGGCCGCGGCGGGCUGGCAGUCGGGAGGACGGGAGGCAGGGACGGAAGGAGCGGCGGCAGCACAAGAAGCACUCACGCCAGGACGACAGCCCUCAGCGGCGGAGCGUGAGCCCCGACCACAGCCGGUCCCGGAGGUCCCACAGCAGAGAGCGGUCCAGCCGGAGGGAGAGGAGCCGAGACCGCAGGGGCGGCUCGGGCAGGAGGCGUAGCCACCAUGGCCACGGUGACCGAGACAGGUCACGCUCAGGGUCCCCCAGCCGGCACCGCAGCGCCUGGAACAGGUAAUGCAGGGCGUCCCCCCACGCGGCCGCCCAGCGGAGACCAGGACCCGUGGGCUUCCUGGCUCCUCUCCUGCCCGGCCUCCGCAGAGCACACCGCCAAGGAGCCACCCACGCAGGAGGGCCACGCGUGACGAUUCUCCCUUCGUAACAUCCGGCGGCCUUUCUGUUCCGAACGUGUAGUCCUCAAUCGCUAGCUUUAGUUUUCCCUUAAAACUGUUGAUCCGAUAGCUUUAAUGUCACCAAUUCUCUCUGAAUCAGGAAAAACGCACUGGCCGGCGGCGGUGAGAAGUACAUGGCCACCACGUACAUGCAGGCGGAGCAGCAUUUCUGUCCCUUUUAGGGACACCCCCACGUAUGCUGACUUCAUGGGAGGCACGUUGCACGUCGGGGACAGAUUGUCAGAGUGGACAGCCGUGGUCCCACAGGGCCCUGAAAAUUUGAAACAGCCUUGCCCUGGUGGUGUUCUUUUUCCUUUUCCUUUUGUAAUUUUAACUGAUGAUUGGGAAGCGCACUUGGCAGGGUGCCAGGAGAACCCAGUGGUCGUGGCACGUUCCGUCACGCGUGGAGACAGUGCAGGUCCUUAAGAUCGAAACUCACACGUGCUGUCUUCUUAAGGUGUCCGCGCGUGGGGGGUGCUCCAGCAUGGUCUGAUGCUCCUCGCUUCAGAAACAUUCACGUUACAAACUGGUGAUUACGCAUUGAAAAAAAAGAUUGGUUAAAAGCUUUGGUUUCUAGUCAAGGUUAGCGUGUGUGGUUUUUUUAAGAAGCUGUUUUGCUAAAUUAUUUUUACUUGGAACGUUUCAAACAGAUUUAAGGCUAAAAACUUGUUAAAUUUUAUAAUCAUUUGCUUCUCCAAGUGAAGCUCAAGAAAUACUUAAAAAUAGCUGUAAUGUUUGCGUUAGGAAAGAUGGUGUUUAUUCCAGUUUGCAUUUUUUGUGAAAUAAAAUCUUUUUCCAAUGAA